CGGCAAAAGCAUCGAUCUUCGAUUUCAAGAACGGAAGGAAAACGAAACGUCAGAUUUUUUGGACCAGCCUCACCAGCCGACGGGUUCGGCCUUCGGACGGGCUUUCAGCACUCGUCCGAACUCGUACACCCCGAAAAAGUUGUAAUCGGCAGUUGGAAUUAAUUGGCCUUCAUGCCAAUCACGAAGCAUCGGUUGUUCUGCCUGGGGGUGGAGUUUGUUUGAGGAACGACGAGAGCAACACGGCGAAGAGAUCGAAGCGGAAGGAAGGGCUCUUGCUCGGCCCUUGCUCGGAUUGCGGACGCUUUUCCGGACACCCUCGACCUUCUGCUGAUGAACUCUCAAAAGGUGCCAAUACCUGAAAUUCUGCCAAAACCACGAGUGACCUACAUUCGCGGAGAAGGCAUCGCCUCUUCAGCGCUCUCGCAAAUUAGGACUAAAAAAUGAAGAAGCUGUUCUCCAAGUUGGACAGCCGGGCCGACGGUUCAGCCAAAGAGCCUCAGUCGUACGUGGGCAAGGUGUUCACCGUGGGCAAACACUCGGUGACCGUCGAGGACGUGCUGGCCGAGGGAGGAUUUGCCGUCGUCUUCCUCUGCAAGGGCCCCUCCAGCUCCAAAUACGCCCUCAAAAGGCUCUACGUCAACAAUGAGAUUGACCUCAACGUUGCCAAACGUGAAAUUCAAAUUGCUAGCAACCUGAGUGGGCACAAAAAUAUCAUUGGAUUCAUCGACUCGAGUGUGACCCACACAGGCAACGGAGUGUACGAAGUCCUUAUCCUGAUGCCCUACUGCCGCACCCACGUGCUCCAAAUGAUGAACCAGCGGCUGCAGACUGGCUUCAGCGAACUCGAAGUUCUCCAAAUAUUCUGUGAUGUUGUUGAAGCCAUUUCCAGGCUCCACCACUGUCAAACCCCAAUCAUUCACAGAGAUUUAAAGGUUGAAAAUAUAUUGCUGGAUGAGCAUGGCCACUUUGUCCUCUGUGACUUUGGCUCGUCCACCGGCAAGGUGCUGAGCCCAGUUGUCCACGGGGUGACGGACGUCGAGGAGGAAAUAAAAAAGUACACAACUCUUUCGUAUCGAGCGCCUGAAAUGGUUGACCUUUACUCAGGGCAGCCGAUCACAACCAAGGCAGACAUUUGGGCGCUCGGUUGUCUACUUUACAAGCUGUGCUUUUUCUCGUUGCCGUUUGGCGAGAGUACUCUGGCCAUCCAGAGCGGCCACUUCACCAUUCCAGACCACUCGAGAUACUCCAGAGGACUUCACUGUUUAAUUAAGUAUAUGCUAGAGUCCGAUCAGGAUAAGCGACCAGACAUAUUCCAAGUAGCUCACGUAGCGUUCCUGCUUUUGGGCAAAGACUGCCCAGUGCAAAAUCUUUAUAAAGUAGCUCCUAUUGAUGUCGAAAAGCUUCCUUGCCCGGAGAGAGAGUCUGAGGUGAAGAGCGCCUUAGGCAAAGUACCAAAGAGUGUGCCUGUGCAGCCGGUGGUGGAGGGCACCAGUGUGACACCUAGACAGCGGCCCAAAGGUGGUCAGCAGGUCAACGUGGGCGCCUUGCCAAUUCCACCUCCGCAGCAGAGCUCUCGUCGGCAGCUGGUGCAGCCGCCAGCUGUGCAGCCCAACUUUUUCGCGGAACCUCCUGUUGAUUUCCAACACCAGCAUCCUGCAGCCGCUCCUUGCAGUAAAUUGGUGCAGCCGGCCGAGAGCAUCGUCGACGAGGCUUCCUUGGGCGCCAACACUAACCAAGCUUUUGAGGAUCUCUUUGCAUCACCAGAAUUUCCGGAUCCCUUUAAGGAAGGCGUUGAAAAAUUAGAGGAGGUCAGCAACUUUCCUGUUUUCCAGCCACCAAUCAAGCAGCCAAGUACCCAAAACUUAUCCAGUAGCGAUUCUCCUCCGCAGCCUUGUAACUUAACUGUGUCAAAGGGACACCGCAGGAAUGUCAGUGAUACUUCAGCUUUCAACAAAGUAUUUAAUUGCGACUCAAGUCAGUUCCCGACAGUCUUCGACAUGGCUCCCAUGAAAACCCUGUCCGGCUCAAACCUCCCGUCUGGCGAAUAUUGUGAUAACAAAGAGACCGUUGGCUCCACGCAGAGUUUGAAUUCGGGAGGCAACUCGCUGACAACCUCGGUUGCCGGGUGGAACCCAUUUGGGACGUCGCCCUUUUCGCCCUUGUCAAGCGGGGAUUUUGACCAACAACUUCCUAAGGGCUCGAAUAGUGGUAUUAAUAUGAGAAGUCAAGAAAGCCUAGUCAUGAGCCAUGAGAUACCUGACGACCCAUUUAUUUGUGCGCCAUUUAGUAUGCCAGAUAAAUUAAAAAAGAGAGGUGCAUCUUUAGAAUCUUCCGAAAUUAGUGGUUUUCCACCACCAAGCUCAAGCAAUACAGCUCGGCGGCUCUUGUCUGCGUCAGGCUCCACGCGAACCACAAACCAAUGAACGUGAAAAACAUAUAUACCAAAUUCCAGCGAUAUUCUUUAAAUAAUGGCACUUAUUAUAUUUAGUUGCUGUGCAACGCAGGCUGAUGAUAUAUAAACUAUGUUCCAGUUAACCAAAUAAAGCCUAAUGAUA